AUGAAUUCUAGGAGAGACGUUGAAAGUGGUAGUGGAGGGACAAAGAACACCAACAAUUACUCUGCUGCUGGAAAUUCAUCUUCAUAUGUUUAUGAUGCUGAUAAUCAUAGGAAUUCAUGGCUUGUACCUGUUUUUGUGGUUGUUAACGUUGUUGUUUUCGUUGUGGCUAUGGCUAUUAACAAUUGUCCCAAGAAUAAUUUUGGUUUUCAAGGUAAUUGUGUUGCUGGGUUUCUUGGAAGAUUCUCUUUCCAGCCUUUGAGGGAGAAUCCAUUGCUUGGUCCUUCUUCAUCAACAUUAACCAAGAUGGGAGCUCUUAAAUGGGAAAACAUUGUGCACCAGAAUCAAGGGUGGAGACUCUUCACUUGCAUUUGGUUACAUGCUGGAAUUAUUCACUUGCUCUCAAACAUGAUAUGCCUUGUCUUCAUUGGCAUUCGCCUCGAACAGCAAUUCGGUUUUGUGAGAAUUGGAUUGAUAUACCUAUUGUCUGGAUUUGGUGGAAGUGUACUUUCUUCUCUUUUUAUCCGAAAUAGCAUCUCCGUUGGUGCUUCCGGUGCACUUUUCGGACUUCUUGGAGCAAUGCUAUCAGAACUUCUUACAAAUUGGACUAUAUAUUCCAAUAAAGUGAUGGCUUUGCUCACUCUUCUAAUUAUCAUUGCGGUCAAUCUCGCAAUAGGAAUUUUGCCGCACGUUGACAACUUUGCUCACAUCGGAGGAUUUGCAACUGGACUUCUACUUGGUUUCAUUUUACUUCCGCGUCCUCAAUAUGGUUGGUUACAGCAGCAUCGUUUUCCUGCUGGUAUUCGUCUCAAAUCAAAAUUCAAAGCUUACCAAUACAUUCUUGGAAUUGUGUCUCUAAUUCUCUUGAUUGUUGGAUUAUCAAUUGGAUUGGCAAUGCUGUUUAAGGGUGAGAAUGGAUAUGAUCACUGUCAUUGGUGUCACUACCUAACAUGUGUGCCAAGUUCUAAAUGGGAAUGCAACAAUGAGAAUUAA